AUGAUGUCACAAUUAUUAUACAAAUAUUUUUUACAAAAAGUAUGUACAAGAUUUCAAGAUUAAACAAUUUACUAACUUUUAUUACUCCAGACUAAUCUUGAUCAUGUAAUUACCAUGGGUUCAUCUGCCGAUGAUCCAUACUUUGAAGAAAUUCCAGAAAAUGAAUUACUUUUCUACCAAAGAAAAGGAGCCAAACGUAGAAGAAAAUUACCAUCAUAUAUUCCAAAACAUGAUUUAAAAAUUUUAAAUUCAGUUAAAAACAAAGCAUAUGCGUUAGAUUUACAAUUAUCAUUAUGUGGUUUAAGAAUAGGUUGGUCAGCUAUAAUUGGAUUAAUACCUAUUAUUGGAGAUUUUUUUGCGUUUUAUUUAGCUUAUUUAUUAGUUCGAAAGGCUAAAAAAAUUGAAGGUGGUAUUCCAAAAUCACUUGAGACUGAAAUGAUGGCUAAUGUGAUGUUUGAUUUUGGAAUUGGUUUGAUUCCUUUUUUUGGAGAUUUUAUAAAUGUAUUGUACAAAUGUAAUUCAAGAAAUUUUAUAUUAUUGGAAAAAUAUUUGGUUAAUAAAUUUCAAAAUAAAUUGGAAUCGGUAAAUGGUGGUAAUAUAAAUGAUAGAAAGGCGAAUAAUGAUAAAGUGAAGCCACCAGCACCACCACCACGAAAUAACCAGCCAGUUUAUAAUAAUGUAUGA